GUCAAUGAAAUAAUGAAUCACAUAACUGGAUGGUGUUGGGAGCCGGUUACUUGCAAAUGGAAAUGAGUGGGAAGAACGGCAGAUGUAGUACACACUCUAAGCACGCGAGGAAGAAAAUGUCAGGUGGUGAUGCUGAUAAUGGUUGGCUUUAGUCAUUUGCCUUAUAUUUUCAUUUUUCUGUACUGAUUGGUGACGGUUAUACUUGCUUUUCCAUGCUUUUUUCUGGUCAAGUGAAUGGCUGUCUUGGAAUAGUUAUUGGCCAAAGGCAGCCAUCCAAUGGCAGUAUCUCCGUAUCUACUGUUCAGUCUUGAUUUAUUUCUUGACAUGCGAGUAGUUGAAGCCUGUUAGGAGGGGAGGAAGGUACUUGUUUCCCUCUUAUGGGUUCAGAGAUAGAAUUUACUACGCUGGAGAUUAAUUAGAUACUAUCUUGAGGGACUGUGUUACGGAAUAGAUUCAUAGUAAAAUUGUUUUGCUUCUUCCCUGUCUAGACUCUCCUCACUAAGUAGUGUUUGUAGUGAGAUUGCCAUAUGGCCUGCAAGUUCAGUCAGAGCUAAAUGGGGCCAAAAGAGGCCUACAAAUGAUUUGUACUUGAUGUAGUUUGCGUGCUGCUGAAUUGCUGAGAGUUGAGCUCAGAUCCAACUUGGUCCACACUUGGAAGGGCAAAGUGUACACAUGAGUCCCCUGGUGGGGUAGACCUCUUUCAAAUGUGACAUUCAAGAGAUUCAGUAAUUACACUGGUUCUGAAGAGAGGGGGAUAAAACUGAGUGGUGUCUUUGAGGACAGAGGUCCCUGUGUCCCUCAGCUGGAGAAGUGAGAGACCAUGGGGGCGAGGUCUGAAAGCAUAUGGUCACAAGGUUAUCUAUAAUAGAGGAUGGAAGGUUAGUGCUGGUAUUAAGGAGACUUGAGAAUUUAGAAGCUAACACCAAGAACAGAAGUAACUAAGAGGAGAAAUGGCCCGACUUUGCCUGCAUACAACUAUGUUCAAUAAAAUGUGUCUUUUGAUUUUGAUGCUCCUCCACUUGACUCCGAUCCUCUUGAUGAUACAGCCAGCUCUGUCCCCCUUCUCCUCACAGACAACACAGACUUGCCCCCUUGGUUUCCCUGAGUUAAUCACACAAUAUGUUUAAACAGCUGUACUCAUAGGAGGACCUUCACCUCUUCAUCCAUUCAACCUCUGCAACUCAAGCCUUUCCCCCCAAAUUCUUACAGUAACUGUCUGAAAAGAAGGUUAUUUCCUGUCGAGUCUGAGCUCCCAACUUCGCUAGGUCACUGGCUUCCGGAUGACACUCUCCACAGUUCCCUUAACAUGUUUUCUUUUCUCCCUCACUUCUCAAGGGAAAGAGCGGUCUGCUCCCUGGGCAGGAUUUGAGUUCCCUAGAAAGCUUCUGCCCUAGAUUUGUUGGCCGCUGCAUUUCUCACCACCAGGAACUCUGAGCCCUCAGGGAGUACCUGGGGGUCAGAGCAACUCUUGCUUUUCAGCAGCCGAAUAGUUGUCCCAAGCUCUUUAAAUAAACAGUACUAGUUACCUGUCAUUUUACCAAGUGCUGCAAGUGUGUGAUUUCUUGGCUUUUGUGUUGUGUUUCGCUCAUGAGAUCAUCCUGGUGGAUUCUCAGAUGACAGCUGUUUUCAGUUUCAGCUCUAAUUCAGUUCUAGUUGUGCAAACUGAACUCUCUUCUUACCCAAGCUACCGGUUGUAGGGUUAUGUCUGGUAGGGAACACCCCUGCGUUUCUUCAGAAACCUCAAUAUUUAAAGAAUAGUCUUACAGUGUUUUACUUGCUAUAUUUACAUGAAAACUUGGUGUUUUUAUGCUCUCAUUUUGAUUUGAGAAUCUGCCUUUCUCUGUGCCAUACAUGGAUUUUUCCCUAAUUUGUCUUCCCUUUUGUCUAAUCUGGGUAUCUUUGUUCACGGAACCUAGAGAUGAAGCCAAAUAAAUAUUCAAACGCAAAAUAUAUAGUGUGAAAUGUUAUAUGCUAAAUUUUGUAUUGAAUUGUGGAACACCCUUUCUAAUUGUAAAGUUGAAUCAUGAAAUCCUGCCUGUGUACGUGUGAGCUCCACCCUUGUUCCUGAACUGGUAUGGGGUGAGUUUAGAGCCUGAGUGUACAAGGAAUUUCAAAAAUGGGAAAUUCUAAUGCCUUUCUUGAAAGUUCUUAUCACCUGUAAUGUGUCAUUGUAACGAACUCCCAACUAGAAGUGGGAAGUAAUUUAAUAGAGCCAUCUAGAUGCAUUCAAUGAUUGUAACGGUGGGUGAGUUUCCUGUGUGGGCUCCCCAGGGUGUGUAUCACUUGGGGAAGAAUACCAUUUAUACCUCACAUGGCUUUUCUAAUCUCUGAAUUACCAGCUGUGAAUGGUUUAGGUAUAGGACAGAUGGGUAUUUUCUUCCCUAGUAAUCAUUUUGAAUGGCAUAUUUGCUUUAACUCAUCUUUUACAAAUAGUACUCAAUUGAAAUUUAAUUUUAAGAACAUAAACUUGGGAAAAUAGAACAUUUAAUCACCAAAUAAAAGACUAAAUAUAUCUUACCUGAUUUGAGUUUAAUUUCCAUUAAAGUAGUAACGUAUUUAAAAAUCAGAAUAGAAUUUAAAUAGAAUUCAGCUAGAAUCCCAUUCUAACCUACAUAUUUGACCUGCAUAUAUAAAAAUAUUCAUAUCUAAGAAUGAAAUAGUUACAUAAAUUCACAUUUUCCUAUUACCCAGUUAGCAUAUUGCCUAGUCAUUAGUCUCCUUUAAAAAGACAAAAAAGGUGAUGGCCCUUGAAUGGGCGGGACGUGGCCGGAUCAAAAGUGCGCAGCGUCGCAGUUGGUACAUGCUGUGACGGCUGGGGUUGAAUGUAGCGCUUGGUGAUCUUUCCUCUUUUCUUCUAUCAUUCGCCUCAGAAGAGAACAGUCACCACACUCAUGGCAGGGAUUUUGCGCUCCAUAGUUCAGAGGCCCCCAGGCAGACUCCAAACUGACAAAGGUGUGGAGUCUCUUAUUUGCACGGAUUGGAUUCAUCACAAAUUUACCAAGUCAAGAAUUCCAGAUAAAGUAUUUCAGCCUUCACCUGCAGAUCAUGAAAAAUAUGGUGGGGAUCCACAGCACCCUCAUAAACUGCAUAUUGUUACCAGAAUAAAAAGUACAAAAAGACGUCCAUAUUGGGGAAAAGAUAUAAUAAAGAUGCUUGGAUUAGAAAAAGCACAUACUCCUCGAGUUCACAGGAAUAUCCCUUCAGUGAACGCAAAACUGAAAGUGGUUAAACAUUUGAUAAGGAUCCAGCCCCUGAAGUUGCCCCAAGGACUUCCAGCAGAGGAGGACAUGUCUAACACGUGCCUCAAGAGCACUUGGGAAUUAGUGGUGCGGUGGCAUCUAAACCCCAUAGGCCAGGAAGCAGUUAAAUCCUAAGGCCAGAGCAGUUUCAUAUUAAAAAAUGUAAAUCAUUU